UCAACAUGGCGGCGGCCACUGAUAGCUCAGAGAGCUCUGUCAGGAAGAGACGAGUUUAUUCCAGCAAGGCAGAGUCAGAAACAGAAGCAGACAGCAGCAAAGACAAUGCCGAAACCAGCAGCAAACAUACCGGGAAAGAAAAGCGACUCGGUUCGGUCCGGCCCGGGACGUACUGGCUGACCCGGGUCGUCCUGCUGCGGUCCGUGGCCUUUAUUUACUUUGUGGCGUUCAGCGUUGCAUAUAAUCAGAAUAAACAGCUGAUCGGUGAGCGUGGCCUGAUGCCAUGUAAGAGCUACCUCAACAGUGUCAAACGGUAUGUUGGGGGAAAGAUAGGUGUGGCCGCCCUGACCUACACCCCUUCUAUCCUCUGGUUCAUGGACUGGACCGACAUGGAUGCCAACCUGGACCUCAUUGCCCUGGUGGGCAUGGUGCUUUCAGGGUUUGUCCUGCUGACUGGGAUGGCCAAUAUGAUCAUCAUGGGUACACUGUGGGUGCUUUACCACUCCCUGGUCAAUGUGGGACAGCUGUGGUAUUCGUUUGGUUGGGAGAGCCAGCUGUUGGAGACGGGCUUUCUGGCCAUUUUCUUGUGUCCUGUAUGGACUCUGUCCCAGAUCCCCCGCCGCUGUCCCCCCUCCCUCAUCUGCAUCUGGACCUUCAGAUGGCUCAUUGUUCGCAUCAUGCUGGGAGCGGGUCUCAUUAAAAUCAGAGGCGACAAAUGCUGGAGAGACCUGACCUGCAUGGACUAUCACUAUGAGACCCAGCCAGUUCCAAACCCUGUGUCCUACUACUUGCAUCGCUCCCCGUGGUGGUUCCAUCGCUUUGAAACCUUGUCAAAUCAUUUCAUAGAGCUCAUUGCCCCCUUCUUUACCUUCCUUGGCAGACGGAUGUGCAUGGUCAAUGGAGUGAUCCAGAUCCUGUUCCAGGUUGUUCUUAUUUUAAGUGGAAACCUCAGUUUCCUCAACUGGCUGACCAUAGUUCCAAGUCUGGCCUGUUUUGAUGAUAAAUCACUGGCCUUUUUGUUUCGCUCUGGAGGCGGAGCCAAGAAAACAGUCCUGGAGAUACAGAAUGAAGCUAGAGCUGGACGUCCUCCUAAACCCACCAGAGGUAUGCUGAUGCGUCGAGUGGUGAACGUAUCGUUGGCUGUUCUGAUUGGCUACCUCAGCAUUCCUGUGGUGAUGAAUCUGUUGAGUUCAAGGCAGGUGAUGAACACCUCAUUUGACCCGCUGCGCAUCGUCAACACGUAUGGAGCCUUUGGAAGCAUCACCAAAGAACGGACCGAGGUGAUUUUCCAGGGCACUCUGGCCAAAGAUCCCAAAGACCCUGAGGCCAUAUGGGAGGAGUACCAGUUCUUGUGUAAGCCGGGAGACGUUAACCGGCGGCCGUGCCUCAUAUCGCCGUACCACUACCGACUGGACUGGCUCAUGUGGUUCGCUGCAUUCCAGACCUAUGAACAGAGCGAGUGGGUGAUCCACAUAGCAGGUCGUCUUCUUGCCAAUGACAGCACUGUCCUUUCACUGAUGGACCACAAUCCAUUCCAGGACAGAGGAACUCCCAGGUGGGUUAGAGGAGAACAUUUCAGAUAUAAGUUCAGCCAGCCGGGCAGUUCCAGUGCAGCGCAGGGGAAGUGGUGGCUGAGGAAACGCAUUGGAGCCUACUUCCCUCCUGUGGACCUGGAAGGACUCAGGGGCUAUUUCCAGUCCAGGAACUGGCCACAUCCACACAUACCACAGAAGAAGAGCUAGUGCCAUGACCUCUGACGUGAACUGAGACGGCAGUACCAGGAGGAUACCAGUGGAAGAUGGUGUUACAGCUGAAUCUCAUCAGUGGCUACAAAGUUAAAUGAUGAUGAUCAGCAUUUUCAAGUUCAGUGUAACCU